CAAGCCCACUUCUGGCACGCGCCCUAGAACGAGAUCCUCUCAGAUCUGCUAUGCUACCUGCACCCAGCGCGCUGUGAGACGUCCUCUCCACCUGAGCAGUAACCCCCAGGUAAUCUGAGUGUGAGACCCCCCCUGUGAGCUGCAGCCCGCCCCCUCAGGCAGACAGAGCCCGCCCCCCGGAGGCAGCAGCGGGUCUGUGUGGGGGUCAGAGCAGGCUGAGCUCUAAACUCUCUGAUUUCAGAGAAGCGCAGCGCUAAAGCGAAAGUGAACUUUCUGGGAAGUGGGCGGGGCGCGGAGGAGCAGAGCGCGCUUAAAGGCCGGGGCCGGUGCGCAGCUCGCGCAGACGAGAGAGAGAGACACGCACUCGUACUGGCUUAGCGCGGAGCAGCAGUGGGAUCAAUGGCCGCUGAGCACACAUGUUCAUCUCUCUGCUCCCUCACUCUCCUCCUGCCAGCUCCUCUGAACGCAGAUCCUGUGCGCCUCAUCUAGAUGACUGUGACGAGGUACGCUAUGGGAGACCACGCAGGCUGGUCUUCCCUGUAGGAUGGUAGCGCACAGUGCAGUGGAAGACACUUCAGGCACAGCGGAUCACAGAGCCCAGAGGUCCAGGCCCCACCAGCCCACGGAGGCCAACACGCACUUCCGCUCCUUCAGGAACGAGGGUGACUUCAGGAUCAUCAACGAGACCACCUCCAUGCUGGAGGAGAGCGGCUUCUACUGGGGGCCCAUGACCGUGGAGGAGGCCCAUCACAAGCUGAAGAAGGAGCCCGUGGGAACCUUCUUGAUCCGGGACAGCCAGCAGAAGGACGUGUUCUUCACGCUGAGCUACAGGGCUUCUGCCGGGCCCGCCAGCAUCCGGAUUACCUUCCAGAACUCCAGCUUCAGUCUGGCCGGGAGCAAGGAAUGCUUCGACUCUCUGUUCAAACUGCUGGAAUACUACACCAGCUCGCCCAAGAAGAGUCUGGUGCGGCCCUACAGGAAAGUGCGGGUGCAGACGCUGCAGCAGCUGUGCCGCAAGCGGAUUAUCGAGACAUGCGGCGGGCAGGCGGCCGUGGACAGCAUCCCUGUGAAUCCCAUCCUGAAGGACUUCCUCCACUCCUUCCCCUAUCGGCUGUGAAGUCCCCACGCAGCGCAUUAAGGCACAGCCGGAAUAUGCGUACGCAAAUACUUGACAGACUCCAAGAGGUCCGGUGUUGUCGUGUGAAACAGGCACUUUGUAGCACAUUGUCACGAACCAGACUUGAACACUCCGUGGCCAAAGUUUACGUCCACUUUGAAUGUUUACACUAUGCAGGGAGCUCCGCUUCCUCGGACUCUUAUUCUUUUGCUAUGCAAAAAGCUCUAUUUUUAUACCAGUAUUUUUAUAGUAGUAAUAAAUAUAUUUGUAAACCUUUAAAAAAGA